ACCACGAACGGUAUUACUAACUUGAAAUUGCGCGAUUUUUGUUUAUAUUUUGUUCGACUUUAAUUUAGUUUUUCCCAAAUAACAUUGCUACAACCCCUCGAUAUGGACUUCAAUAGUAGUACCUACGACCAGAAGUACUUCAACUUCACACCAGCACAGCUUUCGGCAGAGCGCGAACACAUUAUACAGGAUAUCAUCAAGAAAGGCGCUGGAAGGAUCAUUGAUAAGAUAAAGACCCCCGCAACAGCGGACUUAUUGGAGGCCCAGAAGGAAGCCGUGGAACGUCGUUUCCUGGCCUCCGCCUCCAAGGGUCUGAAAGCCCUGCGAGAACUGGACAGCAAGGUGUUCCAUGUGCCACCGCACGUACUUCUCCCGGAACACAUGUUCUUCGAGAAUCAGUUCACCAGCGAGGAGGAGGAGCAGAAGACGGCCGAGCUGGAGGAGCUGAAGGCCAAAUACCGAGAGAACAUGGCGAUGCUGGCCCACCUAAAAGUCGAAGAGGAAAAAUACGCCGCCAUAGAUGAUCUCUGCCAGAAAGAGGUUGAAAUGCAGAAUCGCGUCCAAAAGGACUGCUCCUCCCUCAAUGUGGGCAAGCUGAAGCAAUAUUGCAGCCAAGUCAACAUUAAAAUAGAAGACUUGGAUAAUUAAACGAAUAUGUUACCCCAAUUUUUAGAAAUAGUUGACGUUUAAACAACAUUUAAAAUCUACUUUCGAAUAGAAAACGAUUAAUGUUCGAUCUUUAUACAUUCGAAGUUAAAAAACGUUUUCUUAAUUUUUGUUAAAUUAGUUUCUAAUUAAAUCUGACAUAAAAAUAAAAAAAUAAAAAUUAUAUCAGCCUAUACCUAAAA